CCGCCCGCACGGUCACACUGGGCUAGCUGGCGAUUCAGAACUGACGAUUUUUGUUAUUGCGGAGCGAAAAUUGCGCUGGUUUAUAAAUUCUCAGUGAAGCCGACUUCUCAGCCGCCCUCCCAAUAGCUGCGUCUCCGUGUCCGUCGACCGAUUUGCGAUCGCAGCUGCAGUCGAGCGGCCGUGCGCAUCUGUUUUUUUUUUUUCUGUUUUCGCCCCGCGUGCAACAUCGGUGCGCUAGCGGCCCACCGAGAGAGAAAAAGUGAAAUUGCCUUUUGCGGCAAACAAGAGGAGAAAUAAGCAGAAAAGCAUCGAGAAUCGUUGUUGUUGUUGUUUACCAAAAAGCCAGAGGUCGGGCGUCACUGUGUGCGUGUGUGCGUGCGUGUGUAGUUGUGCGCCAAAAAUCCCAAUCGGAAUUCUGGAACAGCUGGCCAGAACAACGGAACGCGGCCAAGCGGAGAGCACUGCUGGAAAAUGGGAGACUUCGAUCUGAAUGUGGACAGCUUGAUACAGCGGCUGCUGGAGAACUUCAAAAAACAAAAAGAGGCCGAAGAGCACGCCCAGAAGCUGCUGAUCGCUCAACAAUUGGCCGCCGCCGGCGGAGCGGCUGCCGCCGUGGCCACCGCCUCAGCCGCCGCCGCCGCAGCCGCCGUUUCCGCCUCGUCGCCCACCACGAGCAGCAGCUACCCGGCGGUGGCGGCCUCCUUUGGAUCGGCAUCGGGAGCGGGAGCGGGUCCUGGUCCCUCCGCCGGCUACGAUCCGCUGGACGAGCUCACCGAACAGCAGCGCCGCCUGCUGCAGCAGUACUCGAUAUCGCCGCCCAGCGAGACGAUGAUAUCGGCCGAUGGCGACCAGAUCACCGUCCAUCAUCCGCGCGAGGAGCCCAAGAAAUCGCGAUUGAAAUUGCGCGACUUUUUCGUCGCCGAGUUUGUGCGCAGCUGCCGAACGGGCAAACAGGUGCAGAUGACCGAGGCGGAGGUGCGUGGCCUGUGCCUCAAAUCGCGUGAGAUCUUCUUGCAACAGCCCAUCCUGCUGGAACUGGAGGCCCCGCUGAUCAUCUGCGGCGACAUCCACGGCCAGUACACAGACCUGUUGCGGCUAUUCGAGUACGGCGGAUUCCCUCCGGCCGCCAACUACUUGUUCCUCGGCGACUACGUCGAUCGGGGCAAGCAGUCCUUGGAGACCAUCUGCCUGCUGCUGGCCUACAAGAUCAAAUAUCCGGAGAACUUCUUUUUGUUGCGCGGCAACCACGAGUGUGCCAGUAUUAAUAGGAUCUACGGCUUCUACGAUGAGUGCAAGCGCCGAUACAAUGUCAAACUGUGGAAGACCUUCACAGAUUGCUUCAACUGUUUGCCGGUGGCCGCGAUCAUUGACGAGAAGAUCUUCUGCUGCCACGGUGGCCUGAGUCCCGAUCUUCAGGGCAUGGAGCAGAUCCGUCGCCUAAUGCGGCCCACAGAUGUGCCGGACACCGGGUUGCUGUGCGACCUCCUGUGGAGCGAUCCCGACAAGGAUGUUCAGGGCUGGGGCGAGAACGAUCGCGGGGUGAGCUUCACGUUCGGCGUGGAUGUGGUAUCCAAGUUCUUGAACCGCCACGAGCUGGACUUGAUCUGCCGUGCGCAUCAGGUUGUGGAGGAUGGCUACGAGUUCUUUGCGCGUCGCCAAUUGGUCACAUUGUUCUCGGCGCCUAACUACUGUGGGGAGUUCGACAACGCCGGCGGCAUGAUGACCGUGGACGACACGCUUAUGUGCUCAUUCCAGAUCCUGAAACCGUCUGAGAAGAAGGCCAAGUAUCUGUACAGCGGAAUGAACUCGUCGCGACCCACAACACCGCAGCGCAGCGCUCCAAUGCUUGCGACCAACAAGAAGAAAUAAUAUAUCCAUCCGCUUCCAUUUCCUUAAAGGUUCAACAAACAACAGAAAUAAACUUUUACAUAGAUACACACAUAUAUAUAUACAUAUAAAUAUAAAAAUGAAGGUAGCAACCGAGAGAACGAUAUAGUAGAGCAGGGGCAAGAGCUAAAUGAUAAAUGAUAAAUUAAAUGUGUGAGCUAGUGACGCAAGCCGAAAGCAAGAGCAUGAAGCUAAGCAUUAAUGUGUAUCCGUCAUUAUCUGUAAACAAACAUAUUGCCUGCUUCAGUUUGGGUGUGGAAUCUGUGUCUAACUUGAUUACCUUAUCCGCGUACCUGCUAGUUGCUGCAAAAGCAACAUCCGCAGCAACGGCGAAGCACUCACAGGCCCUAGUUAAGUUGAGUCCUGCAUUUGAAGAUUAUCUGUUGAAUGGAAAUUGUGACAACUCCCCCUAACAGCAGCUCCCCGGCCCACAAAAAAAAAACAAAAUCCCCCAAACAUGCAGAUAAAUAAAUAAUUAAAAGUACAGCGAUGUUAAGCAAUGAAUUUAUAUAUAGGCUUAUUAAUGUAAACUAUAUACGAUAUACUUAUAUAUUCAUAACUACAAGAGAGAAACGAAAGGAAACCCAAAAACAAAAAGUAAAAAACAAAAAAGGAAAGCAAAGCAUCUGCCCACUGUGCGGCUCCUUAGGGACUGGCACAGUGGGGCAAAAACGGGAUGAACUAGCUGUCACUUAACCUUUCCUUUUGGCCCUGUGCCGAGCUUACAAAAUUCGCUGCAAAUGUUCGAUUUUUGGUUCUCUUCCUAUCAACUAAGUGCGCAUUACAAAUUUGUCUAACAAAAUCUUAAGGGAAAUCAAAAAAUUAAGAAAGCAAGUGUUAAAACUAAAGAAAGGAAACUAAACGAAAAGAAAACCUAUGUAUUAAGCUUAAAACAGUUCAACUCUCUGUGUGUAUUUUAUUUAUUAUUUAUCUAUAAAUAUAAAUAUAUAUGUUCUUUUUGUCAUUGUUUAAUUAAUUUAUUGCUUACACUGUAUUUAUAAAACGAAAACCAACUAAUCCCUAAAAUGUAUUUUUUUUCAUUAUACUCGGUUUAAGUGGCAAAAUACUGUUAACGUGUUGAUGGGCAUUUAACAAUUGGGGCUUGUUUUUCAAUGCCUAGAACUUUACCUAGAAGAACUCCAACCUAACUUUAUCUUGCCUCACACACAAAAAAAAAAAAACAAAACAAAACGAAAUGAUAAAUAAAAAUGUUUAAAUUUAACGAAUUUUGAAAGCAUUACUUCGAGUACUUGAAACACCAAUUUUUGUGCAUAUUUAAUUUAUGAAUAAGAGACGUAAUUCGUUAGAGAAUGUAGAAAGGGCGAGCAAGUGUAUGAGAAAGCAUAUGAGAAUAUACAAGUAAUAAACGAAGGAGAAAACUAAUUUUUUCAUCGUCGUAACUUAUUAGAUUAUAGUGCCUUUUUUGCCUCCCAAAUAAAAACAAAUCCACAAACGAUAACGAGCGUGUAAACUAACAAAUGGUUUAUAUAUACAGAUCAUAUACAUAUAAAUAUACGGCUAACGAAAGCUAAUUAGUAGACGAGUAUUGCGUUUAUUUUGUAAAAAUCGAAGAAAACACAGCUGCUGCAAUGGAGUAUUAUUAUUCGCAUUCAUUAUAAAUAUUUAUGUUAAACAAACACACUCUUUUUCACCAUCCAAAGUAGCAAAUUUAUUAAAUGAAAUUCAAAAUCAAUGAGCUAUCUGAAUAUCAUUACAAUCCGAAUAAAGUUUCGUAACUUUUCAUUUAGAGUAUCUUAUGAUUUAAAAAUUGUAUGCAUCGAAAGCAGACGAGGACGGCAAACAAGUCAAUUAAUUGCAUAACAAAUAAACCAAGCGAGGGAUAAAUGAUACAAAUAAAUAAAAAAUCAAUGAACUGCGGAUGGAUUUAGCAUUUUAGCUUUGAGCUGUUGUUUUCUCACUCUCCUAUUUGUUGUUAUUUCGAUUAUUAGCAAACACAUCCCAAUUAUCAGCAUCUGUUUAGAGGCAUUAGUUCAGGCAAACAUACGAGAAUUUAUAUAUAUGUAUGUAUAUAUAUAAAUAAAUAAAUCAAAAUAACAAAAUAUACGAAGUACUACCAUGAGAAAACCGUGCGAAAAAUAUAGAGAGAGAAAAAGCAAUACGAAAACACAAAACGUAUAACAGAUAAAUAUAUUUAUUAUUAAAAAUCAAAUAAAAAUUAAUUAAAACUUUAUGUAAACAAA